GUCACACCAAGUCGGGGCUGGGCAGAAACGGGAGCCGCAUGAAAAUCAUGUAACGGUUCAGGUUACGAUUGUCACGACAUCCCCUCACUGUGACCAGAUUCACAUAAAGAGACAACGUACUUCAAAGCCAGUUCCUCCUGAGAAGUCCCCUAUAAGUGUGACGUCUCCAACCCAGGAUGGAAACACGGACUUUCAGAUUGGUGACAGGGUCUGGGUGAACGGCAACAAGCCUGGCUAUGUGCAGUUUGUUGGAAGCACACAGUUUGCACCUGGGCAGUGGGCAGGCAUUGUUCUGGAUGAACCAAUUGGGAAGAAUGACGGGUCCGUGGCAGGUGUACGGUACUUCCAGUGUGAGGAUGGACGGGGCAUUUUUACACGGCCUUCAAAGCUGUCCCAUACUACACUGCAAGAGAAAGAGGGGAAUGAAGGGCGGGCCAGCUCAGUUCAAGAAAUCCCUGCGGUCAGCGAGUCUGCAUCUGCUGGCCCUACCUCAACUGCCCAGGGCACUUGUAUAAAGACAUGCCACAGUCGAGUGGUAGCAUCUAGUGAGUCCGUGUCCAAUCUGUCAGAUCCAGACUCCAUUAAGAGGAAAAGGAGGGAGCUGAGGCUUGGAGAUCGUGUCUUGGUUGGUGGUACAAAGACAGGAGUGGUGCGUUUUCUUGGCGAGACUGACUUUGCCAAAGGAGAGUGGUGCGGUGUGGAACUGGAUGAACCUUUGGGCAAGAAUGAUGGCGCUGUAGCUGGGACCAGAUAUUUCCAGUGCRUGCCCAGAUAUGGCCUUUUUGCUCCUGUUCACAAGGUCACACGGAUUGGAUUCCCUUGCACCACUCCUACCAAGACAAAAAGCUCCCACAGGAGGUCCACUCUUAAGAGGAGUCCCAGUGGUUCCUCAAUAAGCUCCCUUAGCUCAGCCACCUCCUCCAUCAGUGGCAAACCCAGCCGUGCAGGACUGCUAACAGAAACGUCUGCUCGGUACGCGCGUAAGAUUUCCUGCACCACAGCACUUCAAGAGGCUCUGAAAGAGAAGCAGCAGCACAUUGAACAGCUGUUAGCAGAGAGGGACRUGGAGAGAGGCGAGGUCGCCAAAGCAACCAGCCAUGCGGGAGAAGUGCAGCAGGAGCUGGUUCUGCUGAGGAAAGGCCGGGAUCAGUUUACAUUGGAGAUGGAGGCCAAACUGGAUCAGCUGCGUUCAAUGGUAGAAGCAGCAGAUCGAGAUAAAGUGGAGCUUGUCAAUCAACUGGAAGAAGAAAAGAGGAAAGUGGAGGACCUGCAGUUUCGUGUAGAGGAAGCAUGUAUUACCAAAGGAGAUCUAGAGACGCAGACCAGGCUGGAGCAUGCCCACAUAAAGGAGCUUGAGCAGAACCUGCUCUUUGAAAAGACCAAAGCUGAAAAACUCCAGAGGGAUUUAGAGGACUCUAGGGUGGCCACAGUGUCUGAGCGCUCCAGGAUUAUGGAGCUGGAGAGGGAGGUGUCAGACCUUCAGCUUAGGCUCCAGGAAUCCCAGCAGAAGGACGAUGCUGCAUCCCUGUCGCAGCAGCAGACCAGUAACCUCAAGAAUCAGAUUCAGGCUCAGGAGAAAAAGAUCAGUGAGUUAAGUGUUAACCUGGAGAGCAAAUCGAAAGAGCUUCAGUUUGUUCAGCAAGAUAGAACUUCUCUGGAAAAGCAGCUAACCCGCCUGCUUGAGGCAUUGAAGCAGCAAAACUCCAAAUACCAGGAGGAGCUCAGCGUUUCAAAGAAGCAGAGCUGCUCUGAAAACCAGUGUAUUGGGGUCCUCUGCAAGGAAAUUGAGGAGCUGAAGCUGGCCUCUCAGAAGUCUCAAUUUCCUGACCAGCGCAAUGAAGAGCACAACAGUCAACAGGCAGACAUGAAGAGCAGAAAAAACAUCUGCAAUCAAGACACAGAUGGUGAAAUAAACAUUCAGAAAGCCAGUGGAGCUUUAAUCUCAGACAAAGACAGAGAACUGGAAACUCUGAGGAAUGAGAUCGCUGUGCUGCGAGGAGAAAAUGCGAUGGCCAAGACCCUGCAGUCAGCUGUUGAGACAUUAAAAAAGGACAAAGCUCAGCUGCAGAGUCGAGUUCAUAGUCUGGAGCAAAGGCUGCUGGGAGGUCAGGCCUCAGAGGGAGAUGACAGUGAGACUGUCUUCUCAGGUGAUGCAGCUCUGCAGCAGCUGAGGGAAGAGAAAGAGUUUGCUGAAGGACAGAUAAACUUCCUGAACAGUGUGAUUGUCGACCUGCAGCGGAAAAAUGAGGAGCUCAAGAUUAAGUUGAAGAAGCUCGCUCUGGCUGAGUUCAAUGGAAACGAUGGGUCAGACAGAUUUGAUGAAGGCAAAUCAAAGCGUGAAAAGAAUGCCACUCCACGUCUGUUCUGUGACAUUUGUGACUGCUUUGACCUCCACGACACCGAGGACUGUCCCACUCAGGCUCAGAGUCCUGAUUCUGUACCACACACCACGUACCAUGGGAACCCAGCUGCUGAGAGGCCCUACUGCGACAUCUGUGAGACUUUCGGACAUGCCACAGAGUCCUGCAAUGAUGAUCAAACCUUCUAAAGCCAUCUCAUCUCUUUCCUUUUACACUUACCCUAUCUAAAAGACUGAAGCACAAAAGUUUUUUUCCACAAUGUAUUUUUAUAUUGUAUCAAUGCAUCUAAACUCUUCUCUGAUUAUGAUGCAGAAUUCUCAUUCAAAUAUGCUUCUUCWGUGCAAUAUUAAUGUUUAUAACAAAAUUAAUUUAUUAUGUGCACCUGRAGUUUAUAACUUGAGCUAGUUUCCACGUCCUUUUUUAAACUUUAUUUGUUGUUGGCAAAAAAGUGAUGCAGUGCAGUUAAGCACACGGAAAACUUAAGGGAAAUGAGGUUCUCCGUCUCGUUUUUACRAUAAACAUGUUCAUCAGUCAGUGAGAUGCGAAACUGAUGUUUUAUGAAGGCAUCGCCUUGCAUUAGCAUUUAAGAGAAAAAAAAA